AACAGCCCUGCAGGCACCAAGGUCAGUGCAGAAGGAGGGGGAGGAGGUGCUCCAUGAGCCGGAGUAAAGAUUCCCCUGCAGCCUGUGGGGAAGCAGGCUCUGUCCUUGCAGGAGGACAUGGAGGUCCAUGGGCAUGCAGACAUCCACCUGCAGCCCAUGGAGGACCCCAUGCCAGAGCAGGUGGGUGCCCAAAGGAGGCUGUGACCCCGGGGGAAGCCCAUGCUGGAGCAGGGUCCUGGAAAGACCUGUGGACCCGUGGAGAGAGGAGCCCACUCUGGAGCAGGUUUGCUGUCAGGACCUGGGAUCUUGAGGGGAACGCACGCUGGAGCAGGCUAUUCCUGAAGAACUGUACCCUUUGGGAGGGACCCACACUGGAGCAGUUAAUGAAGAACUGCAGCCUUGGGAAGGAACCACCUUGGAGAAGUUUGUGGAGAGUUGUCUCCCGGGGGAGAGACCCCAUGCCAGACCAAGGGAAGAGUAUAACUGUCUCCCAAGACCCCAUGCCAGAGCAGGGGAAGAGUGUAACUGUUUCCCAUGGGAGAGAACCCAUGCCAGAGCAGGAGAAGAGUGUAACUAUCUCCUGUGGGAGAGACCCCAUGCCGGAGGAGGAGAAGAGCGAGAGGAGUCCUCCCCUUGAGGAGGAAGGAGCGGCAGAAACAGCGUGCGAUGAACUGACUGCAGUCCCAGCUCCCGAGGACCCAAUGCUGCUGACAGAAAAGAGGUGUCAGUCAGCCACUCCGCCACCUCUUUUGUCCCCCCGAAGAAGCCCUGCCUACCCCCUCAGUGAUAGUGAGGACUCUUCCCGCUCUACUCAGCUCACCAAAGUCUCCAGCUCCAGACAGUGCCUCAAGGACCGGAACAGCCACACGUCUACGCCGCAAGGCACCUCCACAAGCCCAGCGGACACAGACUCCUCGAGCCACCCCCUCAAAGCCAUCAGCGUGGGUGCUUUGGAUAAAAGGCUGUCUGUGUCCAAGGCUGACCAAAAGGAGAGUCCAAAUGAGGCUCAAGAUGGGGAAGCAAUAGGGAGCCAUCCACUUGCCCGGAGCACUCUGUCCUUGAGCACUUCCACCAACUUGAGGACCUUCUCUGUCAGCAGGGUGAGCGUCCGCUCCCAGGCACUGGACAUCAGGCAGAAGAUCACAGAAUGGGAAUGCCGCCGGGAGCUGUCCCCCAGGAUGAGUGUGUGUGUGGACAAGAGGGAUGCUGGGGAGAGGUCAGGCAGUGAGAGCUGCCCCAGUGUGCUGACCUCUCCCUGCAGCGACAAGACAUUUGAUUUCAAAGGGCUCAGAAGAAUGAGCCGAACAUUUUCCGAGUGUUCUUACCCGGAAACAGAGGAGGAGGAACUGCUGGACAGGGAUUCCUGCCAUCGGUUUGAAAAGAGACCAAGCAGGAGUGAGCUGCCUCCUGCUGCCACUUUCCUUAAGGGCCAUGGGAGGAAAGAGUCCUCUGCUGUGCUCAACAGAAUACAGAAGAUUGAGCAGGCUCUGAAGGAGCAGUCGGGCAGAGGCCUCCCCCAGUUACCAAGUAGCUGCUACAGUGUUGACAAAGGGAAGAAAAAGACUGUGGAGGGACUGAGUGAAACCCUAAGUGAUAGCAAAGGAGGGAGUGUUAUUUUGGGGAGUGAACCAGAAACACCCCCUGAGGCUGAGAAAAGCAGUAAAACAAAACAGGGACUUACUGCGAACUCAGCCGGCCCUAAACUGCUCCUCGAAAGCCCGGCCAACAGCGCGGUGAAUCCUGUCCCCAAGCCCAAACGCACCUUUGAAUAUGAAGCAGACAAAACCCACAAAACCAAACCAAGCAAUGGCCUACCUCCAUCUCCUACACCUUCUGCUCCUCCUCCCCUCCCGUCCACUCCUGCACCCCCUGUGACCAGAAGGCAGAAGAAAGAGUCGCGCUUUCACAGAAAAUCCCAGAAUAGAAAAUCCUUUGAGUUUGAGGAUGCCUCAAGUCUGCAAUCCCUGUACCCUCCCUCCCCAACUGAAAAUGGGACUGAGAGCCAGCAUAAAUUUGGAUCCAAGAGCACUUUAGAAGAGAAUGCCUAUGAAGACAUUGUAGGCGAGUCACCCAAGGAAAACCCGUACGAGGAUGUGGAGCUGAAAGGCCGUCACGCGGGCCGAAAAUCCCAUCAGCUCUCUGAGAAUUCCCUAGAUUCUUUGCACAGGAUGUGGACGCCGCAGAACAGGAAAUACACAUCACCUCCCCAGCUGCCCUCGAAGCCCAGCAGCCAGUCUAUGCGCGUCGGGAACUGGUCAGAAAGGAAGAGCCACCGCUUACCACGGCUGCCCAAGCGGCACAGCCACGAUGACAUGCUGCUGCUGGCUCAGCUUGGCAUCCCCUCCUCCCCUUCCAGCCUCAAUGAGGACAGCCUGAGCACAGCAAGCGAGCUGCUGUCUACACGGCGAGCCAGGAGGAUCCCAAAGCUUGUCCAAAGAAUCAAUUCAAUCUACAGUGCAAAAAGAGGAAAAAAACGACUGAAGAAACUUUCUAUGUCCAAUAUUGAGACAGCAUCCCUACGAGAUGAGAACAGCGAGAGUGAGAGUGACUCAGAUGACAGGUUUAAAGCUCAUACCCAGCGUCUUGUGCACAUCCAGUCAAUGCUGAAGAGGGCUCCAAGUUAUCGAACCCUGGAACUGGAGCUGAUUGAAUGGCAGGAACGGGAGUUAUUUGAGUAUUUUGUGGUAGUGUCACUGAAAAAGAAGCCCUCUAAAAACACUUACCUCCCAGAAGUGACAUAUCAGUUUCCCAAGCUGGAAAGACCGACCAAGCAAAUGCGUGAAGCAGAGGAGCGUCUCAAAGCCAUCCCUCAGUUCUGCUUCCCUGAUGCCAAGGACUGGCUCCCUGUCUCUGAGUACAACAGUGAGACCUUCUCUUUCAUGCUGACUGGGGAAGAUGGGAGCCGACGGUUUGGCUAUUGCAGGAGGCUGUUGCCGAGUGGAAAAGGCCCACGCCUACCUGAGGUUUAUUGCGUCAUCAGCCGGCUGGGAUGUUUUGACUUAUUUUCCAAGAUCCUGGAUGAGGUUGAAAGGAGACGGGGAAUAUCUGCUGCCCUGGUUUAUCCAUUUAUGAGAAGUCUGAUGGAAUCUCCUUUUCCUGCACCUGGAAAGACAAUCAAAGUCAAAACUUUUUUGCCUGGAGCUGGAAACGAGGUCAUUGAGCUGCGGAGGCCCAUGGACUCGCGCCUGGAACACGUGGACUUUGAGUGCCUUUUCAAGUGCCUCAGCGUUCGUCAGAUCAUCCGGAUCUUCGCUUCUCUCCUGUUGGAGCGGCGUGUGAUUUUCGUAGCAGAUAAGCUCAGCACCCUGUCGAGCUGCUCACAUGCCGUGGUGGCCCUGCUCUACCCCUUCUCCUGGCAGCACACCUUCAUUCCUGUUCUGCCCUCAUCCAUGAUUGACAUCGUGUGCUGCCCUACCCCUUUCCUGGUGGGACUGCUCUCCAGCUCUCUGCCCAAACUCAAGGACCUGCCUGUAGAGGAGGCUUUGAUGGUUAACUUGGGAUCUGAUCGAUUCAUCAGACAGAUGGAUGAUGAAGACACACUAUUACCUAGGAAAUUGCAAGCUGCUCUGGAGCAGGCUCUAGAGAGAAAGAAUGAACUGAUAAAUCAGGAUUCAGAUAGUGAUUCAGAUGACGAAUGUAACACCCUGAAUGGAUUAGUGUCUGAGGUUUUUAUCCGAUUCUUUGUGGAGACAGUUGGCCAUUAUUCCCUGUUCCUAACCCAGAAUGAAAAAGGAGAGCGUGCCUUCCAAAGGGAGGCUUUCCGUAAAUCUGUGGCCUCCAAGAGCAUCCGCCGCUUCUUGGAAGUUUUCAUGGAAUCCCAAAUGUUUACUGGCUUCAUCCAGGACAGAGAGCUGAGGAAAUGCAGGGCAAAAGGUCUCUUCGAGCAGAGGGUUGAACAGUAUUUGGAAGAGCUUCCAGACACGGAACAAAGUGGAGUGAACAAGUUCCUGCGAGGCCUUGGGAACAAAAUGAAGUUCCUUCACAAGAAGAACUAAUUCCUUUCUGCUGAAAUACCAACCCAAAGACUAUUUAUGACACUGCGCGAGACACCUGCGGCAUUCCAGAGUUCGGAGCAUGAGGAGAGCAGAGCGAGCUCUAAGUGAUGACUGAUGCUGUUGACAGUGUGCCACGUGAUGGCUCCUUUAUGUAUUUAGAGAGAAUUUGUACAUAAUGUGCUGUAAGCUUUUUGUAACUGAUUUUGUAAUGAGCAAGAAAACUGUGGUAAAUAUUUGUAUAUUCCUGAGAAUAACAGGUGCUUAUUUUUGUUUCUUUAGUAUGAAUUGAGUUAUGCUUGGUGCAAAAAUGAAUAGCUGAUUUAUGUGCAGCUGACUGUCUCAGCAGAACCACUGACUUCAAGGGAUGUUUGUGAGAGAGCGACGCUGAUGCCUGAACACUGUGGGGUGAAUGAGCUCGGGUACAUGGGAGAGGUUGUACGAACGGGGGCCGCUUUCAUGCGGCACAGUUGCUUGUUUGGUUGGGUUUUUUUCCCCUCUAAUUAAUUUUAAAGAAAUAACAAAGCAACUUGAUAAUAAGGUACUUGGUUCACAAUGCAAACUUUCCACUUGGUUUGAACUCUGGUCAGUAAACUCCUUGUAAUCCAUUCUGCACUAAGACUGCUAAACCUGAGGAGAUCUCAGCUCUUUGACAUACAAGCUGCAGCGAGUAGGUACAGUACAUCCUUUCCUAAUGUAUGUAUGUAUGGUUUCUAAUAAACUCUGUAAAUAUA